GAACAAGUAGGAGCAUGGCAGAACACAUAAGAGCGCGGCAGAAUGCACAGUAGCACAUCCGUAGCCAUUUUGGCUCUAGCCGUGCCUGGGCGCGCUCUGGCGAUGGCGCGGGAGAGUCUGCGCGGGGUGGCUGCGGCCCGCUUCGCUGCAGACCGGCUUGUCCCGCGGCUCCAGCGUGAGCUGCAGGAGGCCAAGGAGAAGCUGGCGAGGGCGGAAUCAGAGCUGGUGCACCUCAAGGGGCCGCUGGCGGAUGAGGUCAGCCAGAGAGUGCAGCUCAUUGUCCCUGUGCCUGUGCUGAAGGCCAAGCUUGGCGACGGGGUGGUCCAACCACUGGUGCAACGGAGGCGUAAUGUGGCUUCCCACGUCUUCGAUGUCACGGCGGAGGAGAUCGCGACGGCGUCGCCGCAGCGGCUCAACGCCAUGCAGCGCGGUGGCAAGUCCCCCCAGUUGGAAAUCGAGGUCGAGGUGUGCGAAGCGGAGCCUGGUGUAGCCCUGCCCGCGGUGCCGUGGGCGCACCCGUCGCAGGCCGCCGUGACGCGCGCGCCCCUGCGGUCCUCGGCGAGGCCGUUCAUCCUUCAGCCGCCGGGUGAUUGGAGCCGAGUGGGCCGCCAGCCGAGCUGCGAGGAGACCGCCAUCGCGGUGCUCGCGGGCUUGGGUUGCGGGCCCUUGGCUCAAGCGGACAUCGCAGCGAAACCUCAGGUUUGCGGUGCUGCUGGCGCUGGGACGCCGCCGCCGCUGCUGGAACACCUGAGUGGGCAGACUGGAGAAAGCGUGGAGCCCGAGGCCGCCGAGCGUGCGGCGUCCUGGGACUUGGACGCCGUGCCGACGAGCGAGGCGAGCAGCGGGAGCUCAGAGACCAGCACUGCAGAUGGUGGUGUUGCAGAUGCUGGGGCGCCGCCUCCGCCGCGCAGCGGGCCUGGGGAGCUCGGCGUGGUCGGAGGCCCAGCCUCUUUGCGCGCCUCCGCGUGCCUUGGCUCUGAUACUAGCGAGUGCUCCUUCGGCGGGAAGUCUGAGGAGGACCUCUCUGGCGAGAAUGUGUUUGAUGCUGGCGAGCGGGCGGCCGAUGCCGACGCUGUCACGGCGUGCACCGCCGCCGCGCCGCCCGCUGAGGGCAGUUCGGUCGUCGCCACCUACCUCCUCGAGCACCCCGCGGCGUUGCUCAGUGGGGGAGGUCCCGAUGCUGGCGGCGGAGAGGAUGAGGCGGCGCCCGCCCUGGGUGCGGCCUCGGACGACGGUGCUGUCCUGGGUUUCCUCAGCGAGGUCUUCCUCGCAGCGGUGGCGGCUGCGGCCCGCGGGCCGUGCGCGGCAGUGGACGCGCUGCUUAGCCUCGCCGAGGCCCGCGCCGAGGUAUGGCUUCAGCAGAGGGAGCGUGCACUCGGCGACAGGGCAGUGGUCGAAGCCCGAGCUGAGGGCUUACUGAUGCAGGGAGGAGUUCCAGGAGCGCUGCUGGAGGCCGCCGCCGCGGCCAAGGCGGCCUUCCUGCGCGGCGAGGCGACGGAGGGGCUGCGGCUGCUGGAGGCGGCACAGCAGUCCGUGGACGGCUCCGAGGUCCUCGCUGGGGCCGAGCCGCCCGUGGGGGUCUGCCUUGUGGAGCCUGCCGCAGGCCUGCUGGCGGGCGGCGAGGGGGGCGACGCGCGUCCCAAAGGGGCGGUCGGAGGGCCCCUGCGAGGGAUGGCUGCCCGCGCGACCGACCCCCCCUCGAGGGAGAUGCGGCGGGAGCUGGCACGCCGCCGCUUCCGCAGCUCGAGCCGCCCUCGGAGUGCAGGAAUCGCGAGAGGUGAGUGAGUGAGUGAGUUGGCGUGCAGUUGCAUUCGGUUGUGUCCGUGUGUAGAGCUAGCUGUUUUGCCUGUGAGUGAAGACUCCUGUGUUCAGUCGCAGUCGAGUUCACGGUGGGCGGUGGCCCACUGCGGCCCCGCUGGGAGGGCGAGAAGCGGCCCAAGGUGGCUUCUCUCGGGUGGGUGGCCCUGCGGGCCCUCCGCGAGAGGCGGCCCUAGGCGGCCCUUCUCGGGUGAGCGUUUCUUUGGGCCUUUUGGCCCCGCCACUCCGCCUUGGAGGCCCCGUCGUUAACUUUAACUUUAAUGCGCAGGAACCACACGUUCGCACGGCAAACUCCACAGGAGCACGGC